CUCUCGGUGACGCUGUUGCUGCAAAUGUCUAUAGAAUAUCGAGUUACAAUACGCCCCAUCUUUAAGCCCAGUCUAUGCGCCGUUAGCCGGAAUACAACAGGACACGUCCUGUGUAAGCCGCAAGCCAAGGGUCAACGCCUGUGCCAUGACUACGUGAAGAGUAGCACUCAUCGGUUGAUAGGCAGCUAUCACAUCUACCAGGAAUAAAAGACAUGAUUGAGACAAUGGAUACCCAGCGUGCCUUGCAGGCAGUGGAGCGUCUCCAGGCCAAGCUGAAGGACCGGGGGGAGGUCCCCACCGAGGAGAAGCUCAGCCUGCUCAAGUCAGUUCUCCAGAGCCCCCUGUUCCACCAGAUUCUUGCCCUGCAGAAGUCUGUCCAGCUCCUCAAAGACCAGGGUGGUGUCACAUCAACACUUAGCGAUGACCUGAGUGAAUGCUACACAUCAGCCCAGGCCAAUGGUGGCCAUCUUGCCUACCCAGAAGCCUCCACUAGUACACAGGUCAAUGGGAAGCAAUCGCCUGAGGAUUUUGAGCACAUCAUUCGCUCCAUGGCUCAGGGGCGCUACGUAACGCGCAUGGAGCUGGUGAAGCCACUGUCUGGGGGUCUGGGCUUCAGCGUGGUUGGCCUGAGGAGCGAGAACCGCGGGGAGCUGGGCAUCUUCGUCCAGGAGAUCCAGCCCGGGAGCGUGGCCCACUGCGAUGGGAAGCUGAAGGAGUCAGACCAGAUCUUGGCCAUCAACGGUCAACCCCUGGACCAGACAGUGACCCACCAGCAGGCCAUAGGCAUCCUGCAGAGAGCAUCUGAGUGCGUGCAGCUCACUAUAGCCAGAGGACCCAUCCCUCAGCUGGCCAGCCCCGUGGUGUCCCGUACCCCCUCCGCUGCCAGCACCCUGUCUGCCCACUCCAGUGCGGCCCACUGGAAUCAUGUGGAGACCAUGGAGCUGGUCAACGACGGGACAGGCCUGGGCUUUGGCAUUGUGGGAGGAAAGACCACCGGUGUCAUUGUCAAAACCAUCCUGCCUGGAGGCAUCGCUGAUCAGGAUGGGCAUCUGCGCAGUGGGGACCACAUCCUCAAGAUUGGGGACACUGACCUAUAUGGCAUGGGAAGUGAGCAGGUGGCUCAGGUCCUGAGGCAGUGUGGUAACCGAGUGAAGUUGGUCAUCACCAGAGGCCCUCCAGAGGAGACCGCCAUCGUCCCAAUGGUGUUGCCCACGGUCACAGAGCAACAGGGAUACGAGGAAGAGGAGGCCGAAGCGUUUGACGUUGGGCUGACCAAGAACGCCCAGGGUCUGGGAAUCACCAUCGCCGGCUAUGUGGGGGACAAACAUUCUGAGCCCUCUGGUAUUUUCGUGAAAAGUAUAACUAAAGAGAGUGCGGUAGAGCAAGACGGCCGGAUCCAUGUUGGGGACCAGAUCAUAGCCGUGGACGGUAUUAACAUCCAGGGCUACACCAACCAGCAGGCCGUGGAGGUGCUGAGACACACGAGCCAGACAGUUCACCUGAAGCUGAUCAGGCGAGGCUUCCGUCCAGAGGAUAUCCCACCCGCUGUGGUGCCCAGUGUGAUCGUAGUCUCACCAACCCCAGGGGGCAGAGACACGACACUGGAGAGGACGGAUGUUGUGGACGCCACCACUCAAGGUAAGAAACAGUACCAGGCAUUGAGUGAGGAAUCUGAUGUCACCAACGUGAAGGAUCAGUUAACUGAGAAGACCAGAGAUGAAGCAAAGCUAACAGAGGAUGAGGAGUUAGAGCUGAAGAAGAAGUGGCAGGAGACUCUCGGCCCCAGCAAGGAAGUAGUGGUUGCCCAAGUGGAGAAGUUCAGUGAGAGCAGUGGUCUGGGAAUCAGUCUGGAUGCCAACAGCGGGCACCACUACAUCCGCUCCGUCCUGCCGGAGGGGCCAGUGGGACGCUGUGGGAAACUCUUCAGUGGGGACGAACUGCUCGAAGUUAAUGGAAUAUCUCUGAUUGGUGAGACCCACAAGGAAGUGGUGAGCAUUCUGAAGGAGCUGCCUGUCUGUGUCUACAUGGCCUGCUGUAGGCCCGCCCCUCUCCUGAAGAGUGACAGGGAUUCUGACCAAUCGGGGUUGGAUGAAUUUGCUACUGAACCUAUAAUGAAGAUACAGGGAGACCUCGGCAGUUUCCUGGUUUUCGAAGGUUCCGAGGGGGUGGGGACGAGGGAAAAUGUAACGGAUGAGACACUCGGAGCUCCUUUGGCCAUGUGGGAGACGGAGAUACAGGACAUUGAGCUGGAGAAGGGUGAGAGCGGACUGGGAUUCAGCAUCUUGGACUACCAGGACCCAAUGGAUCCUGCCAAGACGGUGAUUGUGAUUCGCUCUCUGGUGUCUGAAGGAGUGGCAGAACAGGAUGGCAGGCUAUUGCCAGGUGACCGGCUCAUGUUCGUCAACAGCACCAACCUGGACAAUGCCAGUCUGGAGGACGCUGUCCAGGCAUUGAAGGGGGCUAACAUCGGCACGGUCCACAUUGGGGUGGCCAAACCACUACCUAUUGACUCCAAUGAGGUAGACCUGACCGACGAGAGGGUGUUGGCGCAUCGCUUCUCUGGCGAGGAGGAUGACACCUUCCAGGCAUCCAUGAUUGCCCUCCAUGGCAGCACCUGCAGCGCUGACCUGUCCUACCAGAUGAUCUUGCAGUCCUCCACACCCAAGCGGAGUGCUCGUCUGGACUUGUUGACCGAACAUCCCUUCGUGACGUUGUCCUGCCUCGCAGACGACACUGAACCCUUUUCCCCGGAGGAGAAGCCCAUCGCUUUCCCCCUGCCCAGGAGUAUUGGAAGUCACACCCUAAUGAUUGACAACAACACACUAGCUAUCUCCGAUCAGUACCUGGCGCAUCAAUUAACCCAAUUGGAGCCGUCGGAUCUGUCGAACUCGUGCAGUCCGUACACUGACCCCGAGCCCGGUUUGAAUGAUUUGGGGGAGCCAAUGCAGUCUCUUCGUUUUCCGGUGGAGCCCACCAUGGCCGUUGCAGACAUAGGGGAGAUGGAAUGCUUAAUGAAGGGGGAUGAGCCAUCUGUAAAGCAGUCCAAAGAGGAAGGGGGCAAGAUUAGAACCACUGGGAGUAAUUUUGAAAGGACAAUCACUGUUGUCAAGGGCAACUCCAGUCUCGGAAUGACGGUGAGCGCCGUCAAGGAUGGCUUGGGGAUGCACAUCCGCAGCAUCAUCCACGGAGGCUCCAUCAGCCGAGACGGCCGUCUGGGGGUGGGGGACCUCAUCCUGGCCAUCAACGGCGAGCCCACGGCCAACCUGACCAAUACACAGGCCCGCGCCAUGCUCCGGAGACACUCCCUCAUCGGGCCAGACAUGGGAUCUGCUUGUGCACCAGAGGACGAUCUGUGCCCCUUUUAUGUCAUCACCUAUGUUCCCAUGGAGUAUCUGGAGGAGUACAAGGCCAGCCUGGAGCAGCCUAAAGAUGACAUCUUCUCUGAUGCUCCUCAGGCCCCAAAAAGAGAAAUCCCAGAACUCCCAGAGAGGGAGGAAGGAGAGGGAGAGGAGAGCGAGCUACAGAGUGCCACCUUCAGUAACUGGAACCAGCCCAGGAAGGUGGAGCUCAAAAAAGAAGCUGGCAAGUCCCUUGGCAUCAGCAUUGUGGGGGGCAGAGGAAUGGGCAGUCGCCUCAGCAACGGCGAGGUGAUGCGGGGCAUCUUCAUCAAACACAUCCUGGAGGACAGCCCCGCCGGCCGGGACGGGACCCUGAAGACAGGAGACAGGGUUGUUGAGGUGGAUGGCGUGGACUUGAGAGAUGCCAGUCACGAGCAGGCUGUGGAGGCCAUCCGCAGGGCAGGAAACCCUGUCGUGUUCCUCGUGCAGAGUAUCGUCCACAGGCCCAGGUCCUCAACCACGGACACCAACGAGGAGAGAGCGGCGGCCAUGGCACGGCGCAAUAGUGACAAGCCACUAAAGAGGGAAGCGGGAAAGUCAUCGUCCACCACUCCUCACCUCUCGCUUCCCGUGGUUCCCCACGUCGGAGAGACAGACACCGAUACCCUGACAGAGAUUCCCGACAGACAGGCCCAGGCGGAAGACGAGGAUGAGUUUGGCUACAGCUGGAAGAUCAUCAUUCAGCGCUACGGCAGCCUUCCGGGGCUGCUGCACAUGAUUGAGCUGGAGAAGGGGAAGACCGGCCUGGGCCUUAGUCUGGCUGGCAACCGCGACCGCUCUCGCCUGAGCGUGUUUGUGGUCGGGAUCGACCCCUGUGGCGCCGCCGUCAAAGAUGGUCGCAUUGUGGUUGGGGAUGAACUGUUGGAGAUCAACGGGCAGAUUCUGUAUGGGCGGAGUCACCAGAAUGCCUCCUCCAUCAUCAAAAGCGCUCCGUCGAAGGUCAAGAUCAUUUUCAUCAGGAACACAGAUGCUCUGAACCAGAUGGCUGUAGGACCAGUGAGGGAACAUGGAGACACCCUGGAGCCCCAGACGGAGCUGGAAACAUGUACUUCCAUUGCACCCUCGGCGAUCGAUGUUGACAUGUUCAAGUAUGUGCAGCACGUCAUUCUGCCGAAGGAGGAGGGUGGAUUCGGCAUCACUUUCAGUGAGGAAGACCCCACGAACGGGGUGGUGAUUCAGAGUAUAACUGAAAAAGGACCAGCAGGAAAGGACGGCAGCAUCAAAUCUGGAGAUAAACUCCUGGCUGUGGAGGAUGAACCAGUGGUGGGCUACACUGUGGAGAGGGUCCACACUCUACUGGGGAACGCCAAAGGCUCCGUGAAGUUGACAAUCUGCGCGAAUGAGUCAUUGCCCCUCCCCCCUUACUAUACUGAUCAGGCCACCAUCAUCCCUAGCAUCUACAUGGCUAACCUGGGCCAGCCUGAGUCAGAGCCAAUCAGGAGCUCAAGUCGCUCGUCCACCCCUGGUACUCUGGCCUCCUCUGACCCUGUGACCUGUCCCAUCAUCCCCGGCUGUGAGACCACCAUAGACAUCUCCAAAGGCCACACGGGCCUGGGCCUCAGCAUCGUGGGGGGCUGUGACACUCUAUUGGGGACCAUCAUCAUUCACGAGGUCUAUGAGGAGGGAGCUGCCUCCAAGGAUGGGAGACUUUGGGCUGGGGACCAGAUCCUGGAGGUGAAUGGCAUUGACCUGCGCGUGGCCACUCACGACGAAGCUAUCAACGUGCUACGGCAGACCCCUCAGCGGGUGCGUCUGAGCGUGUUCAGGGAUGAGGCCCAGUACAAGGAGGAGGACCUGUGGGAUGCCUUUACCGUGGAGCUGAACAAGAAGCCCGGCCAGGGUCUGGGCCUCAGCAUCGUGGGGAGAAGGAACGACACAGGGGUGUUUGUGUCGGACAUAGUGAAAGGGGGAGUGGUGGAGAGUGACGGGAGGCUGAUGCAGGGAGACCAGAUCCUGUCCGUCAACAAGGAGGAUGUCAGAAACGCCACCCAGGAGUCAGUGGCUGCACUGCUGAAGUGUGGUGUGGGACCCAUAGUGAUGGAGGUGGGCAGAUUUAAAGCCGGACCCUUCCACUCUGAGAGAAGGUUUUCACAGAGCAGUCAGGUAUGCUGCCAUUUUGUUUUCUGAACCUUAAUUAUAUCCUGGGGCCUGUUCAGGAGAGCAAUGUUACAGAAUGUUCAGAUAGAAAUGCAUCCAACAGAUAGGACCCAUGUAGACACCUUGUAAAGCUCUAUUCAUUACAGUUCUAUCUGAAUAUAUUUCAGCUCACUGAAUACUCCCUAGAUCUCUUCCUUCCUCUAUAUCCUAUUGGUAGUCCUUAGUCCUAAAAUAUAGUUCAGAUAAAGGAAAGCAAUUUGUCAUUCAUUUCACGUUUCUUUUUCCUUGUGUUUGGGUAGAUAAGUGAAACGGGCAACUGCAAGGUGACCCCUCACUCGCUGUCAGCCUCCUCUGGUAGCCUCCAGAUGGACUGUGACAGCGUACAACAUACAAGUCAGGAGUCUAAGACCUUUUUUAGUUGAUAAACAUCUAGCUGUUUGGAAAGCUAAAGCUAGCCGUCAUGUCGUGGUCUCAUUUGAGUCGAUUCAUUUUGGCUGUUUACUCUUGUUUUCUCUUGUUUACUCUUUUAUAAAGCACUGGACCACCAGGAGAUCAGAAUUGUUGAAUUCACAAAGGUCAGCUUUCUUUUAUAAUAUUUAUAAUUAUAUCGAAAAACAAAUCUGUUUUUAGCUUUGUAUUAAGAUUGAUGCCGAUUUGUGUCAAUCUAAGUCACAUAAUAAAAAAAUCCCCAUCCAAAUCUGUCAGUUUAAGCUAGAGGAAUCUGUUUUUACGUUGGAUGCGUCGCGAUCCGCCGAUAUCGCACAUCCGCAUCUGCAGGGCUAGAGCGCUGUUUGUCAGACCUUGAGACAUCCCGAAAAUCGGUCUUCUCAUGAACACAUCUGUAGCUUCUGAACAGUUUGACCUACAAAACUAUUAUGACCACUAUGGAAAGGGGAGACUCAGAACAGGUGGUCUCCAUUUUGCACUAUGACCGCCACAAGUGUCCGGGGACUCGUCGGAAGGUAACCAGCACCUGUUUACAAAAAUGAAUAAAAGUACAUUUUGAAGGUAGUUUUGUGCCUACCCAACAAAGGGUUAAAUAAUGUGUCAAAAACACAACAUAUUUCCUGAGCUUUCUUAUCUCAUAGAUAGGACACACAAUUCAAAACUUUGUUUCUUAUGAUCAUUUUUUUAACUCUUUUUUGGGGCAUUUAUGAAUGUUUUAUUCAGUGUGUUUCUCAGGGCUAUAGUAGUAAAGGCCAAAUUCAAUACUUUAGUGAAUAAUUCUUUCUAUUGAUUUGAUACCUACAGGGGUAACAAAAUUCCAAAUCAAAUAGUGAAAUUAUCCAUAGCAUGACCAUUUUAUAAUAAUCCCAUAUGUCAGCUUAGAAUCCCCCCCCCCAUGGCUCCAACUAAUUUACACUAUUUAAAUAUGUAUUUUAUUUGUCUUUGUGAGGUAACUUACUACAACUGAUUAUAGUGAUUUUGAAGUACUUUUGUAAUUGGUUGUCUUUCCUCAUAGGGUCUCACUGAUUCAUUGGGAAUCAGUAUUGCGGGUGGAGUGGGCAGUCCCCUGGGCGAUGUGCCCAUCUUCAUCGCCAUGAUGAACCCUACUGGCCUCGCUGCCCAGACACACAAACUCAAGAUCGGUGACAUGAUCGUCAGUAUCUGUGGGACCGCUACUGAGGGCAUGAGCCACAGCCAGGCCGUCACCCUGCUGAAGAAUGCCACCGGCACCAUCGAGCUGCAGGUGGUAGCAGGGCGUGAUACCACAGUGACCGGCCCGUCUCAGGAGCAGACAGCUGUCGGACUCUCAGUCUCCAGCCUUACUGCUACUAGCAUCUUCCACGACGACCUGGGACCUCCUCAAUAUAAGACCAUUACCCUGGCCAGGGGCCCAGAUGGCCUGGGCUUCAGCAUUGUUGGUGGCUUUGGAAGCCCACAUGGAGACCUGCCCAUUUAUGUGAAAACCGUGUUUGGGAAGGGGGCAGCGUCAGAGGACGGGCGUCUGAAGCGGGGGGAUCAGAUUAUGGCUGUUAACGGACAGAGUCUGGAGGGGGUCACCCACGAGGAGGCCGUGGGCAUCCUGAAGAGGACCAAGGGAACAAUUGCACUCACUGUGCUCUCCUAGACACACACACACCUCACCCUACACGCAUAGACAAAGACUCAUACCUUGGUGUAGACACACACUCACCCUAAUAUACUGUAUAUGUAUUGAAAUGUGAACACACCCAUUCCUAAACUCUAACAUGCUGACCAAACCGGACACGCGCAAGUUUUUGUUCACCCACACCAGAAGCGAUCAGGACACACAGGUUGAAAUAUCAAAACAAACUCUGAGCCAAUUAUGUUAAUUUGUGGACAGGUCAAAUAGCAUUAAACAUUUAUGGCAAUUUAGCUAGCUAGCUUGCUAGUUAAUUUGUCCCGGGAUAUAAACAUUGGGUUGUUAUUUUACCUGAAAUGCACAAGGUCCUCUACUCCGACAGAUAAAACGGUAAACCAAAUUAGUUUCUCGUUAUCUCUCUUCCUUUCUUCAGGCUUCAUUUUCUUCUUUGGAUUUUAAAUGGUGGUUGGCAACCAACUUUACGGUGCAUUCCAGCGACUCCUGUGGCAGGCCGGGCGCAGUGCGCGCUAACCAAGGUUGCCAGGUGCACGGUGUUUCCUCUGACACAUUGGUGCGGCUGGCUUCCGGGUUGGAUGCGCGCUGUGUUAAGAAGCAGUGCGGCUUGGUUGGGUUGUGUAUCGGAGGACGCUUGACUUUCAACCUUCGUCUCUCCCGAGCCUGUACGGGAGUUGUAGCGAUGAGACAAGAUGGUAGCUACUAAAAACAAUUGGGUACCACGAAAUUGGGGAGAAAAAGGGGUACAAAUUAAAAUACAAAAAUAUCUAUAAAAAAAACUUUACGGUGCAUUACUACAACCGACUGGAGUGAGGACCUCAAUUAAUCCUUCAAUCACCCACGUGGGUAUAUGCUCCUAAACACCGUAGGAUAAAGAGGCAGGACUUGCAGCGCGUUGAGCUUGACAAAUAGAACCAACUUCUAUUUUAGCGCCUGGCCACGCAGACGCUAGCUGUUGCGCGCAAGCAGGGUGGGUGCAUUGAUUGAAUACCAGGUAUGUGUACAUUUUAUUUUGCAACCUUCCCAAGAAGGUUACAAGAAGCUACUGCAGGUAGACUGAAAUAUUCACUGGACAAUGUGGCUCAGAUCUUUUAUACUCUAGUUUUCUAUGCUCAGACAUGGACUGUGUUAUUAUGAUUUUUAGGGUUAAGGGCCCUUUUAAGCAAUAUCUGAAAAAUAUUGGUAGAAUAAGACCAUUAUUUAAAGCUUAUGCUACUGUAAACUGCUGUCCAUCCUCUUCUAUAGUGAAGUCACUGUCGUAUUUAAGUCUAGACUCUAGACUGAAUAACAUUUGAAUAACGUUUUGUUUGACGCAAACCACCUUUUCAGGAGUGAAAUGAUCUUAAAAGCUUUGGUUUCUUGGUCAGAAGUUCUACAGACCAAGUAUCUAAGUGUGUGUACAUGGUCACACACUCAGGGAAAGGAGAGGGUGCGUAUGAGACGUAGUGUAGUUUUACUAAUGCAGCUGUGAAGUAUUGAUUCACAGUAUUUUACCAUUCAAGUAUUACCUAUUUUUAUGGUCAUUGUCUGCCAUGACCAUACUUUAUCAUAAUAUGAUAGUAGGUGAACGAAACCAGUUUAUAUGGUCCAUCUCAGCUGUCUCCAACCUGGAGAGUUAUUGCAGCCUUUUCCUCAAACCUAGCACUAGCACAGCUGUUUCACAUAAUCAAACGUUGACCGUUUUCAGUAUGGACAACAAUUAGCCGAAUCAAUUGUGUUGGGCUGGAACAAAAGCCUGUACACCCGGUCACUCUCCAGGAAGUUGGAGCUUCCUAAUUCAUUUCAAACCAUUAGCUAGAUACCCCAUGUUCUAGUUUCACAACAAUGAAUCCCCUUUUUAACAUGGCGUCAGUCACUCUUACAGAUGUAGGGUCUUAAUUUGAGCCAGUUUGCGACAGCAGGAAAAUAAUCCUGCAGCAACAGGAAAUGUGAAUUACUAUGUGGGAUUAUAAUUAUGGACAUUUUUGUAGGGGAUUCCAAGUGGAAAUAACAAACUUCAGAAGCCUUUUUAAACCUCAAAUACACGACAUGUUUAGUUCUCCAGCAACAGGGUGAUCAAAUUAAGAUCCUAUAUUACAAUACAUGUGUACCUAGUUAAGUACAUCCAGCACAGUAUUGAGUUGUUCAGAGGCUGAAUUAAUAAAAGUUACCUUCAAGCCCCAGUUAUUGAUUGGUUUUAUUUGAGUAAUGUCAUAGAGUCCAUAGGCUUUUCAUUACUGUGUCUAACUGUUUUUGUAACAGUUAACAGGCAAUUCUAUUGAGAAUAUCCACCAAGCGGUAGUUGUUAUUGGAGGCUUACGGCGUCACACAAGACCUGCACAUCUGACUAAUAUAUCAUGUGGAUUCAGGAUUUAUGAGGAUGUGAGGUGCGAAUGUGGUUUAUGCAGCUGAUAUAUUAUUAGCUAGAGGCUAUACCUACUGUAAGAUUAAAAGGAAUGGCUCAAAACUUUCUUAGAUAUCUAAAGGAUAGUAAUGUCAUACAUAAUACAGUUACUUCAUCCUUAGUCAUGUUCUUUAGGCACCAAAUGGAAGAAAAUUGACUACCUAGACCUUUCCAAUGUGAAACGAAUGUUCCUUUUCUGUUGCAAAAUGUAAAGAUUUUUGGAUGAGAGCCCAAAUGAACAAACCCAGGUUGUUCUAUGGAGCUUUUUAGGAGUGAGAGUAGAGAAAGGAUCUCUGUUUAAAUUUACUGUAGGAUGUCCACACAGACAGCUGUUUCACAGUAUAGCAUGUGGUCUGUGUGAGGUCCUCCUACACAUGAAAUCCUUUUCUUAAGCUACAGUAGUUUAAAGAAAAAAAACAAGUGUUCAAUUACCAUGGGAAGUCAAGCGGACCGGUUGAAAGGGUGAAACCCAGGGCAGCAUCUUUCACUGGGGAUGGGAGGGAUGUGACCCCCCCCAUGUUCUGAAAUUGAAAGGGUGAAACCCAGGGCAGCAUCUUUCACUGGGGAUGGGAGGGAUGUGACCCCCCCCAUGUUCUGAAAUUGCAUUUUUGUCCACCCAAGUUUCAUAAUUGCACUGUGAUACAAAAAGAGGCAUCUGUGUGCUUUUGGACCAUGCGGACGCCUCAGAGCGGUCAGGUAGGCUGUUUGGUGUAAUGAGCUGGCUGGAUUUAGGAACACAGGUACACCUGCACAGAGCGUACAAGUUGUAAAAGCAACUUGUUUUCACCAGUUGGUGUACCAUUUAGAUCUAGCCAAAAGUUGGCUAACAUUAGUGAGCUUUAGCCAAUAGUUUUGCCUCAAUCACACUAGAUCUGAAUCAAACAAUGAAAUUGAAGACUGAUAUUCUGAUGUUUUUAUUAGAGUCAGUAUAGCAACAUAAAGUUAUUGCGCUUUCAGUUUCACUAGCUAAUUCCCUACUUUUCACACUGACAAGGUAUAAACAGCUCUACAGGCUUCACUGUCAUGGUGCACAGUCAGUACACAACACUAUGCUCAUCAUGUCUUCGCAGGAUCAGAUUGUGACCAGUGUCCCAGCAGGGUCAGACAGCCAGGGAAGACCAGUCUACGGAGCUCAGGAUCAGAUGGUAGCAGGCAUCUCAGCAGGGUCAGGCAACCAGGGAAGACCAGUCUGUUAUGGCGCUACGGUGAACAUUUGCAGAUGCAACACUAUUAUUUAUGUGCGGCAAACACUGGACAAGCCAGAAGCGUCCAAGAUUGAAACUACUGUACAUUAUUAAGGCAGUCUGACAAACCUCAAGUUGAUUUCCAAACUGUAUCAAGGGUUGAUGGAGGCUUUUCCUGAUGACACAAAUGACACACAACAUGUAAAACAACAACGUGACCUGGGAGACUUGAUGAUGAUGAUGAUGAUGAUGAAUGGAUACAGAUAUAUUAGAAUGCCCAGUCACGUUCAUAUCAUCUCAGAUAUAAAUUACUGCAGUUUAAGACCAUCCAUAGAACGUGCUAUAUGCCAGUCAAACUGAAUAUCAGGCACUCAGAAAUGUUAUUCCUCUGCUGGAGGUGUAAAACACAAAAGGGGACAUAUUUUCAUUUGUUAUGGUCUUGUAAAGGCUGGAUGAAUUCUGGCAAAGAGUAUGCUAUUUUAUCUCAGCAUGUCUACAGAUUCUCCCUUCUCCCUGUUUUUCUUUGCUUGGAAAUGUUGAUACUGGAGACUUAUCAGAAAAAACGGUGUAACCUAGCAUUUAUAGCAGCUAAGAAAUGCAUUGCCAUUAAUUGGAGGGUUGGUUAUCCUCCCACGUCAAAAUUGAUGUCAGAAAUGUCAAGUUAUGUAUCACAAAAUUGUAUUCAUUACAAGAUUAAAAGUGUACUGUGCAACUUU